AUAAGAUUUGACAAUUUCCGCUCCAUUGGACCAUCCGCCAUGGCUGCCAAGAAGCGCUUGCAAGAGCUCUUCGAGAAAUAUGAUGCUGAUGGAGAUGGAGUAUUGUCAGAAGAGGAGAUGCUGGUGGUUUUUCAACAAAUCAACCCGAAGUUGGCACAGAUGGCCCCGCAAAUCUUUGAGGCCAAUGAUACGAACAAAGAUGGUGAGAUCCAAGUGCACGAGUUCAUCUCCUGGCUCUGCGGCUCCGCGGCCGCGGUGACGCCGCAGACGACGCCCAAGGGCCUGGACGUGCUCAUCACCAACACUUCUGAUCGGGUCUCGAAGUGUUUCUACUUCCAUCUCCGGAACUGCGAGAAUGUGGAGUUAACCAAUGGCGAGCGACCCACCUUCGUCGUGAAGGCAGGAGAGCAAGUGAGCCAGUCGCUCCUCUCCUGGACGUCGCCAGGGGUGCAAGGGAAGUACUCCUUUCGAUGGACCUCACGGGCGAAGUUCACCGGCGUAGAGGACGAUCCCAACGCCUUCAAAGAUCCAGACUUCCCCCAUGACUCGUCCAGCGUGGGGGAGUCCCAGACCAGUUUCAAGGUGGGACAGCAACCCGAGUUCUGGAUGCGUGCGCGGAUGUUGGGAGACCCCUCAGAGGCCCUCCUCUUCGAUCAGAUCAACCCACAAGACAUCCGACAAGGAAACCUCAGUGAUUGUUGGCUCAUGAGUGCCCUUUCCUGCUUGGCGGAGCAGCCCUCGCGGAUCCGGAAGCUCUUCAGUAGCAAGCACCUCACAGACGACGGGAAGUACGAGAUCUCCCUUUUUGAUCCAGUGGACAAAGCUUGGCAAACGGUGGUGAUCGAUGAGUUCAUCCCCUGCGUCAAGCAGAACGAAGAACCCAAAGCAGCCUUUUCCUAUCCGGUGGGCGAAGAGCUUUGGGUGCAGCUGCUGGAGAAGGCAGUUGCCAAGUUCUGCGGUUGCUAUGGGAUGUUGGCGGGUGGCAGUGCAGCCUGGGCUUUUAUGGUCCUUACAGGCGUCACCAAUGUGAUCUGCUACUGGAAGAAAAGUGGCACCUGGUACCGCCGCACUGCUUGUUGUCGCGCUGGCAAACGCGGUCCCAACAGCAUCGGUUGGAAAGGAUUCGCCUCCGACACACAUGAGGCGUCGGCAGUGUUUGAGCUGCUGAGCAAAGAUGCAGCUGCCCAAUAUUGUGUCACAUGUAGUAUCCACGGUGGUGGAGCAGCCGAAGAAGAUGCUCACGGCGUUGGCUUGUUCAACAACCAUGAGUACUCCUUGUUGCAAGUCCGAGAGGAACAGCUCGACGAUGGGACGCCGAUGCGUUUCAUGGUGCUUCGAAACCCCUGGGGCUGCUUAGAGUUUCGCGGCGAUUGGAGUGAUCGGAGCGAGCUCUGGGAGCAGAAUCCCCGGCUGAAGGAGCGCCUGAAGGUCACCGACAAUAAGAACGAUGGAAGGUUUUACAUCUCCUUCGACGAUUGGGCCAAGUACUUCACCUUCGUGGUGAUUUGCCCCCAUGAUGGCGGUGUGCAAAAGCGCCAGGAGAAGAGAUCCAAGUGGACCACCUUGGGUCGGGGCCUUCAGGUGAGCACUGCCCUCGGAGAGACACCGACGCCCUCCAUCGAGGCCGACGCUGCGUCGGGCUCCGCGUGGGCGGCGGCGAAGGGUGGCUCCUUGGCCUCGCUUGCAGGCUUCGCGGCACGUGAGGGCGAGGUGGCCGAGGAGGAGGCCGAUUGGAUCAUUGGUUGAGGAUCUCAUCACCUGGCUGGGAUAUGACGACAGGACUUUGGAGGCCAUGAAAAGGAGCAAGUCUGUUGGCCUUGUUGGAUCAAUUGAAGCGACAAGAUCUGAAAGCUGGCGCAUGGCUUUCGCACAGCCUUUUCCAAGGCUACAGGCUUCCUGGCAGAACAGCGUCAUUACUUGUCAUUGAAGCGACGAACUCUGCGGAGCCGGAGCUGAAAUAUCCACGCUGCCAGGUGUUCUGUGUUUCUUGAAAGAUUAUCUAAGGGAAGAAGCUGGAAGAACCGCAGUGAUCAAACAAAUGGAACCUUUGGUCAACAGUUUCUUGUUCGACAGGGCACACCCUCUGACAUGUUCGGUGGACCUACUAUUCUGAAUUCAUGCAUCUCCACUUUCCCAAAUCUCUUAUUUAAAUGUCAUUUCGAACAUCUGGUCGGCUCCCACAGAAAAACCUGGUGAGUGCUCUUCUCACGGUCCGGCCACAAAGCUGGCCCGAUCCUAACUUGUUAUUUAACGCCACUCUUUUGAACCGUG